GGCUGAAAUAAUAGUUCUCUAAAAUCUGCCAAUCUAUGCUUCAUUUGAAAUGUAUGGAGACCUAGGUAAUAAGCUUGUCCAGCAUGCCAAACGGACGCAAAAGCUUGAGCAUCUUCCUCCCUACCAGACCGAGAUCGUACGAGCUGUCACCAGAGAAGUUCGAGACCUAGACAAGGAUGUCUCGAACAUAUUACAAGACUUCAAUGGUUCAUUCGAGCCGUCUGAGAACCCGGCCACUGCUUGCACGCUUCUAGUUGAUCAUCUCUGUAUGCGCCGGAAUAAGAGAUGCCUACUUGCGUAUCACCGUACUCGGACUGACAAGCUGGAGGAGAUGGUAUGGAAUGGCAGCGAUGUUGCGGAUCUGGCGGCACAGCAACAGAGGGGUCCAAGUGAAGGCCAGAAUGGUGGGGCCGAACUAGGGAAUGGAGAGGGGAAUAGCAGUAGUUUGAGCCCUGAAGAGGAGGAGUACGUCCGGCAAUACAGUGAUCUCUUGGCGGCAUACAAAGGGCAGUGGACAGAUAUUGAUCUAACGGGAAGCUUGGAGCCUCCCCGAGAUCUAUUCAUUGAUGUCCGUGUCCUCAAGGACGCAGGCGAGAUUCAGACAGAAUACGGUACAAUAAACCUUACCAAGAAUUCGCAAUUCUACGUUCGUCAAGGGGAUGUUGAGCGGCUCAUUGCACAAGGGUAUCUGCAGAAACUCAGCUGAAAGACCGGACGUUGAGAGAACCUUGACGGGCGGUUUCCGCAUGUGGAAAAUAUCCGUCGUUAGGAUAAUUGUGGUCUCGAGUCGACAACAUGGGAUCGUGGGGGUAAUAGACGAUCGAGACGUACUUCGCGGAUGUGUCAAUGGACCCCGAAACUCUCUCCCACAAAGUCCAAACAGAGACCCAUUGCGGUUGUUGCCGAAUGAAUGUGGACUGGUGGAUAUGAUGGCGCAAGGCUACACGGGAUACAAGAAAACUCAGCACGUUGCUGCAAUUUUUGAUCGGAAAGACGCUCGGGAGAAGAAGCGGCCAAUGCUUAUUGGCAGAUCCAAGGGUAUGCAUCGGGGAUAGGUG